GAUCUAAUGGAUAAAAUUAUACUCUAUUGGGAGUAUAAAUGAGUUGAAAAGCUUAGGUGACACCUGCCAUACUACUGUCAACGUGUAUUAAUGCUUCUGCCUAAGUGGUCUGAUCUGUACUGUUGAAGUUAUAUACUGGAUUUGGAAAGUGCAAUUGGGUGGGAAAAUUCACUUCUAUUUUUUGCCUCAGCUCGGACCGCUGCCCCUCUGCUUCUGCCUCUGCCUUACAUUUGCUGAGAAGUUGGAACACCUGCUGCUGCCACUGCCACCAUCUAUCACAGCUGUUUCAAACCCCUGACUGCAGUUGCUGCUAGUUCUUUCCGUUCUCAAUCAAUGGAAGCCGAAGAAUGGAAAGCCGAAAUUGAGAACCCAAAACGGAGGGUUCGCAUGCGGCCGCAUGAUGAUCUUAAAUCUUCCCCGAAUUUGUUGUCAGAGGCCAGGAGAAUCAACAGUGUGAUAUUAGCCAAGGCCAAGCCCUGCCAUUGCCUGAAGCGUGGCAUUGGAAGCUUACAACGAGAUCUCACUAGUUUACGCUCUCAACACCGGAAGAAAUUGCGGCGGCUACUGCUGGUGUUGCUGCGGCGGCACAACUGGGCCGAGGCAAGUGGAGUGUUGAGUUUGCUUCAUAAAGGGACUUCUAAAGAAAUAGCUAUCUCAAAGACUCGGGCUAAGUUCUCGGCUACUUUGGAAAUUCUCAGACAUAUAAAGGGUGACUCUAUCAUCAGCUCAAAAAAGAUCCAGAAUAUAUAUGGGCUAUGGAUGACAAAGCUUGGGCCUAUGAAGAAUUGGCCAAUGAAGCACAGAGUUGCAGUUCAGUUGGAACACAACCUUUUUUGUUUGACAAGUAAGGAGAUGGAUGGUUCAUAUCAAGCUGCUUUAAGUCUAAUGCAGGAGCAUGGUUUUGAGGGUGACCCAGUUUCUAAUUUAGUUGUGGGGUUGACAUUUUAUGAAUUAUGGUAUUCUUCUCUUCCAAAAGAGAUGCAGUUGGAUAAACACAAUGAAUUUGGAAGCAACAUGCAAUGGGAUACAUUGAAAGACAACAUGUGCAUGUCAAUUGUGGAUUCAAGGGGAGAUGAUGCCCCUGAAGGUCAAGAAACUAAUUCAUUGGUACAAUGUGAUUCCAACACCUCUGUUCGGAAUGAUAAAGACAAUAUGGAUGCUGAUGUCAACCAACAUGGAGAAGGUCCCAUGGACAUUGACAACAAUCCUGAACAAAAGGUGGACCCUGAUGGUUUCCAGCCACAAGAUGUCUCUAUGCACUCUACUGAGAGGAGUGAACAUGAGAACUCAAAUUGCAGCAAUUCUCCCCCGUCCCUCUCAACUUUCUUUGUUCAUGGUCUGCCACCAUGCCUAUUGCCUAUACAAUUGCCUCAAUUGGAUAAUUUAGAGGAAUUAUAUGAUAUGCAUAAGCAAUUGCGCAAUGAUCAGUAUAACAAUGCGGUAAAGUUUUUAAGCCAUGCGGUCAACUCAAUGCCACCGGCACUUGAGGCUUUUCAUCCUCUGAUUCAGCUGCUGUUGCUUGGGGAUAAGGUUAAAGAGGCUCUUGAUAUUGUUGAAAAGUUUUCUCCUGACUCAAGUACAGUACUCCAUUUGAGACUGAAGGCUCAUCUCUUGGAGCAUUUUGAUGGCAACAACCAUGCCAAACUUGCUACAUGCUUUGAGGAUAUAUUAAAAAAAGACCCCAUCUGUAGCCACUCAUUGGGAUGGCUCACCAACUUACAUCAAAGAGGGGACUAUAGCACUGAAAUGCUGGUGGAAAUGAUAGCUUUAAACUUAGAUGCUAUAUAUGCAAAAAGCAACACAUGGAGCGAUUUUGCAUCGUGCUUACUGAAGCUUUCCCAAAUUGAAGGAGACAGUGCAUCGAUCUGCUUUAAUGGUGAUGGACUGAAGCCAAAAUUUUCUGGUUAUAUUAGUCGUGUUCCAGAAAUAUUCAUCAUUCCGGAAUCAGGAAAAUCUUGGAGGUUUCGUUGCAAAUGGUGGCUUACCCGUCACUUCAAGCAGAGCAUACUUGUGUCUGAUAUUGCUUCAGGUGAUACAGAGCUCCUCACUUACAAGGCAGCGGCAGCAUGUCAUCUUUAUGGCCGAGAAUUUGGAUAUGUUGUAAAGGCCAGCGAGUUGUUAAAGGAAGAAAAUAAUAUGGAUAUGUUGCUUGUACUAAAUACGCAUGUUAACAACUGUGUUGGAUUUUAUUUGAAUUUGGAUAGGAAAAAUAUGUGUUGAAAUAAUGUUUUGGCAAAAAGGCGUUUAAGUUAUGUUCA